GUUCAGAUUUCAUGUAUUUUUUUUCAUUUUCCUGCCAGUAGUGGUCUUCCAUAGCUCCCUCCUCCAGCCUGUUGGUGGAGCUCAGAGAGGGGAGGCUCCAGCUGGUGUUUGGCUGAUGACGCUGGACCAGGUGGAGGAGGAGGAGGAGGAGGAGGAGUGGUGGUAGAAAGAUACAGCGACGGCAGUGAACGCAACACUCUGCUGACAGCACACCAACAGACAUCAGCUCCUGCUCCCUGUUCACCCGGACUACCGGCUCCAUCCACCGGCCACCGGUCGGUCCUGCUCCCGGUAACGGGUCUAUGUUCGAGGAAUCUCUCUGCAGGAGGCUUCAGAGCAGCUGCAGGCGGAUCUCCAAGCGGUUUAUUGGGAGGUCGACAGAAGGCUGCAGGAUGCUGUGGCUGCUGCUCUGUCUGCUUCCUCUGGUGACCGGCAGCAGGAUUGUCGCCCAGGACGUCACUCAUAAAGAAAGACACAGCCACGAUGAGGUUGCCAUGACGACGAGGCCUCACAUCUAUUACUGCCGCUCGCCCAACAUGGAGGACUUCAGCUGCUGGUGGCAUCCGCUCGACAACCUGACGGACGGAGAGCAGGUCACCUACGUCCUCACCUACUCUAAAGAUAAGGGGCCCAAACAAGAGUGUCCGGACUACGUGACCGCCGGCCCCGACAGCUGCCACUUCGACAGCAGCCACACGUCCAUAUGGAAGAUCUACUGUCUGAACGUGACCGCCGUCACCGCCCACGGGAACUACACUUCCCAGGAGCGCUGCCUGGACGUGGCAGAGAUAGUUCAGACCGAAGCUCCGGUGAAUCUGACCUACGUGCUGAGGGACGCCGGCGGGGAUGAAAUGGGCCACAGCGCGCUGCUGUCCUGGGCGUACCCGGUGCCCUCCGACCUGCAGUACGGCUGGAUCACGCUGGUGUACGAGCUGCAGUACAGACGGGUGACUGAUCCCGACAACUGGAAGGUGAAGCACCCUCUGCGGGAGCCUCACGUGGAGCUGCUCGGCCUCCCCGUCGGCGACUACGUGGUCCGAGUUCGCUGCCGUUCGCACAACUACGGCCUGUGGAGCAAAUGGAGCUCCACGCUGUUUAUGAGCGUCCCCGCCAGGCCGCCUGCAGGUAAACUCCUGGUGCUGAUUCUGGUGACGGGAGUCGGUGUCGUGGCUCUGCUGGUUAUCGCCUUCGGUAUCAUUCCACAGGGCAAGAGAAUAAAAGACUACUUCCUGCCGCCCAUUCCGAAGCCGCGGAUCAUCGGCAUCGACCCGCUGCUCCUGAAGAAGGGGAACUUGGACGAAAUCAACCGUCACUUCAGUAACUUCCACAGCUACAGACCUCCGAGCUACACUGAGGAGGUUUGGGACCAGGUCAGCGCCAACGACGUCCAUCUCACCACGCCGAAGGACUGCGGCGCCCCGGCCGACCCGACGGACCGAGAGAAAGACGCCUUGAUGGUUCCAUGUGACCCGACGCCCGUGGCCGCCCAUCAUCAGCUCACAACCCAACACCUGGCAUCGUACGUGCAGAGCCUGUCGCCCUACUGCUCCUCGCCUCCCGACGUGCCUUCCUUGUGGUCGAGGCCGGAGAUCGUGUCUCUGCCGGGGACGGAGUACAGCGUGAUGGGACAUCCGGGCCUUCCCGACGCCGCUCCCGCUCCUGUUGCCACCAACCGCUCACCUCAGGAUUUCUACACCUGCGUCCAGCUCAUGAAUGAGAGCGGCGAGGUGCACCUGGUGCCGUGCCUGCCGCCGGUGUACUGCCGGGAGUUCCCGCCUCCCCCGAGGGUCGAUUUAGAUGCAAAGGAGAAGGAGGAGAAGAAGAAGAAGCUGGCUGACUGCCAAGCCAGGACAAAAGAUGGCGGCGAAGCUGAGAGGAGCGAGGCGGCGGUGCCUCUGCUGCCUGUCGCUGUUGAUAACAAGGGCUGAGCCACACAGACACAAAUACUGUGAAAACUGUUAAAUAUAUUCAGCGUGAGCAGGACGCCUGGUUGACUUUAAACAGGAAGUGUCCCUGCAGGACACCAGCCUGUUUUUAUCUCGCUAAAGUACCGACUUUGUAUUGAAAACAUUCAACAAACAGAGAAGAGAACCAAUGCAGACUCAAUGAAAGACUGUUUCUGAUGCAGUAAACAGCGUUGUGUUUGUCUUUGUUAAAGUUCCUCUGGACCUCAUCUUCUUUCUGUUUUUGUAACUCUGCUCACCAAAAAGCUGCAGUUGGAAGCUCAUUUCAGGUGAAUCAAACCUCAAGAGCAAAAUUCAAAAAUAAUUUGCCGCAAACGAGCGCUCUGUCCAAAAGAAGCUGGACUUGGCGAUGAGUUUAACACGACUUAUGGGUAAUGAAGUCCGUCAAACUUGAAGAGAGUACGAAGUUGCCUCGUGCAGCUGUAAAUAAGAAGACCGAAAAAUAUAAAUACAGUAUUAACACAUGCUGCUUCUCCCAAACCGUCACAUUCAGGAUGUUUUUCUCAGGAAAAAAUUCUCUUCGAGGUCUGGAAGAGAGAUUAUAUUUUAUUCAGCAUUCACCCCCUCUUUCUGUUUAGUGUUUACAUGCUUUAAUAUUCCAGAGAUCAACCUUACCUCGUCAUCCUAUAGCUGGGACACGUUGUUUUAUACGAGACAAUAAGCUUCUUUGCACAUUUCCCUCAGACAUCAUAUCCCAGCUAGCUUCCACACCAUCUCCAUAUUCAGGACAGGCUUAUUCCAUUAAUAUACACAGGACGCUGCUUACAUGUGCCAACUCAUUAAGGGGAUAUUUGAUUAUCCUGAACAUGGAAGGAAUAUUGAUAUGCAUGUGAAGGUCUCAUUAUCUCUUUCUGGCGUCAUCCUGCAGUGUUUAGUACAGGGAGGUGAUUUAUUCUGUUCAAAGAGGUCACGAACAAAGACAAAGUACCGUAAAACUGCAAUGAAUAGCCCGGGCUUUUAUUUGCUUCAAUCACUGAACUCAACCGGCGUCUAUAUGGGACGGGCCUUUAAAUCCUUUCGCACAAAACUCUUGCUCAUCAAAAAUGGGUGAUACUAUCAAAUUGAUUAUUUAAACCGAUCUAAACGCUCAGCUUCAAUCCAUAUUUGUUGGAGUUUAGCCUUUCAAAACAACACAAAAGGAGGCAGCAAUCGACAGCACCAUAAAUCUGAAUGAAUUCUACUUUGGUGCUCACGGUUUCCGUGAAAUGAACUGGACGAUUGAAUUGUGGAGAAUCUAACCGAUCUAACGACGUGUAACGGGUCCAUAUUGAGAAAAAAGUUAUCCCGCGUUUAUUUGUUAAAACGUGUCGGCGAGUAAGAGGGACUCGCCGUCCGAUUUGGGCUCGGCUUUUAAUUGAAGUUUUACGAUAAGUUGCACACCCUCAGGAAGACGUAAGCUGUGAAGCUAAGACGGAUUUCUGUUCAUCACACUUCAACAAACCACUGUUUUAAUGUAUUUCAUAUAUCGGUCACUGGUUUGGAAGAAGCAGGCCAUCAUGUAUUUUUAUUAUAAUGGGUCAUUUUAACAAAUUUAACACUAUUACAGAAAGUAUUUUGCAUAUUAUAGAGAUGCUGAAUGACCAACCUCAGCUGGUGUUUUCUACAAAUGGAAGUUCAUUCGGUCAACAAACUUUCUAAAACAGCUUUUUGUGGUAAGUUUUCUCCUCACGUUUCAUUAAUGAAGAAAAGGAGGAGGAUAAGAGUGACUUUUAAGAAUAAUCCAGACUUCCUGGUGGGAAACCUUAACAUCUCCAGCUUAAAAGUCCACCUCACGAUGAUUUUGGACACUAUUUUUGAACUGUAAACAGGUGUUGAUGUACCUUCAGUGUGUUCUUAAAAUAUCAUUGCUCUGAGGUGGAUUAAGAUGCUAAUCGGGGAUCAAUCAGAAGCAUUAUUGACCCCUCGAAAGAAGCAAUAAAACACUAUGAGUAUAAAACACUGUAUUUGUCGGUGACACUUAACACUAUAAUAACCAUCAUUUAUAAAUGGUAAAUUGAUCGUUAAUUAAACCUAGUUAACAUUAUAACAUUUGAUAUGGUUUUAUAAUCAUCAGCUUUAUAAUAGCCACAUAAUGUUUAGAGCUGGUUUAAAAAACAAUUAUUAACCAUUCAGUGUUACAAAUAUCUAUGUAUGUAAUGUUUAUAGAUGCUUUGCAAAAUUGGUUUACAAAUCAUUUCAUAAUCAUUAACAAAUAUUUAAUAUAGAAUAG